AUGAAGGUCCUUGAGAACUCGAGUAAACACAACACGCCGAAGAAGCAGAAGACGUUCCAGGUACCGAUUCUCAUCCAGUUUCCUGUCGAUCCGUUCCUCUUGUAGCACUACUUGCCGCCCGGCGAUCGCUGCUACAGCUGCAUCCACUGCCGAGCCAACCUCGCCGCCCAUUCGGAACUCAUUUCGAAGAGUUUCCAGGGCAGUCAGGGCAAAGCGUACCUGUUCAACGCAGUGUAAGAAAGAGGAGAUCACCGGUCAGCCAGCCGUCGUUCUUCUUCUUUCAGUGUCAAUGUGGGAUGCGGGCCAGCCGAGGAGCGUGUGCUGCUGACAGGUCUUCACGCCGUCGCCGACAUCUUUUGCGAGAUCUGCAAGACGACGUUGGGAUGGAAAUAUGUAAGUGAUACUUUCACACUAGAGAACACUUACAGUCCAUUACAGGAGCACGCAUUCGAAUCAAGUCAGAAGUACAAAGAGGGAAAGUUCAUAAUCGAGCUGGCGCACAUGGUGAAGGACAACGGUUGGGAUGAGCAGAAGGACUCGUAA